AUGUUCAACCUAUCUGUAAACAUCAGCUGUGAAGAUUCCAUUGAAGUGGUGCUGCAACCAUUUGAGAAACAAUUCAGUCCUCCCAGCGAAUCGGACAAGAGUCGUUUCGAUGGCUUGCUGCAAUCAUCGGUCAAUAUUCGUCAAAAGCGAAGAUCGUCUUUCCACUUUGACGAUGUAGAUGAAGACAUUAAAUGUAAUACAAAGUUGUCGAGUUUGGAAAGUACCAAGAAGCAGAUGGCUGCGAUUGAUCAGAAGAUCCAAUCGCUGUUGAAGAAGUACAACAAGAAACCAGCACAGAGUGAUGGCAACUCCCUCAAAUCUGCUUCUACCACUUCGACUUUGGAUUGUGAUAGUUUGUCCUCUACCAGUUCCUCUUUUGGUGACGACGAAACUCCAUGCGCUAAAUAUCAAGAACGUAAAUUCGCUGGGAUUCCACGAAGACUAGAGAUCCCGGCUUCCAUUGCAGCCUAA